AUGUUGCAACUAGCCGAAUCUAUACGGAAUAUCCCCCCAAGCACAGCCGCUGCUGUAAUCUUCGGUGGUUUCGCUGUCUACUUUCUCUGGACUUGCUUCUACAACAUCUACCUGCACCCGCUACGCCGUAUCCCGGGCUCAAAAUGGGCCAUCAUCGGACCCUACCUGGAGUUUUACCAUGAAGUCAUUCGAGAUGGCCAAUAUCUCUGGGAACUAGAGAAGAUGCACAAAAAGUUCGGCCCGAUUAUUCGUGUCAAUGCUCGUGAGAUUCACAUUCGUGACCCUCAGUUCUACCAGACCAUCUACACGGCUGGCAGUCGAAAGACAAACAAAGAUCCUGCCACCGUUGGCGCCUUUGAUGUCCCCAACGCCACAGCCGGAACUGUUGAGCACGACAAACACCGGUCUCGUCGCGGCUACCUCAACCCAUAUUUUUCCAAGCGUACCAUUACGGCGUUGGAGCCGACCGUCCACGAUCGUGUCACCAAGGCUUGCUCUCGCAUCGACGAGCACAUGGAGCAAGACAAGAUUCUCAGCCUAGACGGCGUUUUCUGCGCACUGACCGCCGAUGUCAUUAGCUCUCGUUUCUACGGCACCCAUCAGGAUUAUCUCAGCGUCCCCGACUUCCACUUUACUGUCAGGGAUGGGUUCAUUGGUCUCACCAAGGUCUACCACCUGGCGCGCUUCCUGCCAAGUAUUGUCACUGGCUUGAAGAAACUUCCUUAUGCCUGCGUUCGCUUGAUUAUCCCAGCCGUGGCUGAUCUACUGGCCUUGCGCGACGAGAUCAAGGACAAGGGCGCGGACGAAUUCCUCGCCAGCAAGACAUCCGACAGCAAGGCAUCGGUGCUUGUGGGUGCCCUCGCUGACCCGCACAUCCCGAGUUACGAGCGAACCGUGGACCGCUUGCUGGAUGAAGGCCUCGUAAUCUUGUUUGCUGGUACUGAGACGACUUCGAGGACCAUGGCUGUCACCAUGUUCUACCUCCUCUCGCACCCCGAGUGCCUCAAAAAGCUGCGCGAGGAGCUCGAGACUCUGCCGCCCUCGCAGGACUACAAGCAUUCUCUUACUGCGCUCGAGAACCUUCCCUACCUGACCGGUGUGAUCCAUGAAGGCCUACGGCUUACGUUUGGGCCGAUCAGUCGUUCCGCUCGUGUCGCUACAGAACAGGAUCUCGCCUACGGAGAUCACAUCAUUCCUGCCGGAACCCCUGUCAGCCAGUCGACGUAUUUCAUGCACUCCCAUGAAAGCAUUUUCCCAGACUACAAGAAGUUCGACCCUGAACGAUGGGUCAAGGCCGCUGAAGAGGGUGUGAAUCUCAAAAAGUUUCUGACCAACUUCUCUGGGGGCAGCAGAAUGUGCAUUGGCUUCAACAUGUCCUUCGCUGAGAUGUACCUGGUUCUUUCACGCAUUGUCCGCCAAUACGACUUCGAGUUAUUCAACACCACGCUGGCUGACGUCGACAUUACUCAUGCCAGGAUUGUGGGCUAUCCAAAGGCUAUUCCUGGGAAGAAGGAAUAUCUAGGCGAGAUCCGAGUUAGAAUUCGCGCAAAGAAUGUAGCCGAGUUUUGA